AAGCUGUUCAAGAAAUAGACAAUUCACCUGAAAUUCAAGUUGCUAAUGCCACCAUUUUACCGCAAGUCGUUCGAGAACAUCUGGAGAAGAUUACAGUUAUUCAAGAUAAUGUAAACAAUCAGCUUGAGAAAUCAUGCAAAUAUAUGAUUAAACAUUCUAGUGUUCACCAUCGUACAAAUGUUCUUGAACCAGGCCAAUUAGUUGCAAUUGCUCCAGAUACUGAUAUGAACCCAUCGACUAGAAAGCGCAAGUUGGAAGUUAUUUUUAAGGAUACCGGAAUGAUUAUUGGUAUGACAAACAAUAAUAAGACCAUUAUUAUUGAAACAUCUGAGGAAAAUACUAAACAUUGUCCUUCAAAAAGGGUUCAUCAUCUUAAAAAAGUUGAUUCUUAA